CGAAUAUUCUGUCCCAUCGCGAGCCCCGGAGCUCUAUAAAGAAACGGAUCGCCCCCGUUCGAUCGCUACGCCCAGAGCUCAUCGCCACCAAUCUUGUCGUCGCACUCGCAUUCGCACCCGAGCCGCCGCCGAUUCGAUCCGUUUCUUCCGCGGGAUGGCGACCAAGCGGAGCGUGGGCACCCUAGGGGAGGCGGAUCUGAGGGGGAAGAAGGUGUUCGUGCGCGCCGACCUCAACGUUCCGCUCGACGACGCCCAGAAGAUCACCGACGACACCCGCAUCCGCGCCUCCGUGCCCACCAUCAAGUUCCUCCUCGAGAAGGGCGCCAAGGUCGUCCUCGCCAGCCAUCUGGGCCGUCCAAAAGGUGUCACCCCGAAGUACAGUUUGAAGCCUCUUGUUCCACGCUUAUCUGAGCUCCUUGGAGUCAAUGUUGUGAUGGCCAAUGAUUGCAUUGGUGAGGAAGUUGAGAAAUUGGCUGCUGCUUUGCCUGAAGGCGGAGUCCUACUCCUAGAGAAUGUUAGAUUCUACAAGGAGGAAGAAAAGAAUGAUCCAGAAUUUGCUAAGAAGCUAGCAUCUAUUGCUGACCUUUAUGUAAAUGAUGCUUUCGGCACGGCACACAGAGCUCAUGCUUCAACAGAGGGAGUUACCAAGUUUCUGAAGCCUGCUGUUGCUGGCUUCCUCAUGCAGAAGGAACUUGACUAUCUUGUUGGAGCUGUUGCCAACCCAAAGAAACCGUUUGCUGCCAUUGUUGGUGGAUCCAAGGUCUCAACUAAGAUUGGGGUCAUUGAGUCUCUGCUGGCAAAGGUUGAUAUCCUCAUCCUUGGUGGUGGCAUGAUCUACACAUUUUACAAAGCACAAGGAUAUGCUGUUGGAAAAUCUCUUGUGGAGGAAGACAAACUUGAACUUGCAACCUCGCUCAUUGAAAAGGCGAAAGCGAAGGGUGUUUCUCUCUUGCUUCCCACUGAUAUUGUGGUAGCUGACAAGUUUGCAGCAGAUGCUGAAAGCAAGAUUGUUCCUGCCAGUUCUAUCCCCGAUGAUUGGAUGGGUCUUGAUGUUGGCCCUGAUGCCAUCAAAACUUUCAAUGAAGUGUUGGAUACCACCCAGACUAUUAUUUGGAACGGUCCUAUGGGAGUGUUUGAGUUUGAUAAGUUUGCAGCAGGCACUGAGGCAAUUGCCAAGAAGUUGGCUGAGCUUACAAGUGCAAAGGGUGUCACUAGCAUUAUCGGUGGUGGUGACUCUGUUGCUGCUGUUGAGAAGGCUGGGCUUGCUGACAAGAUGAGCCACAUUUCAACUGGUGGUGGUGCGAGUUUGGAGUUGUUGGAAGGCAAGCCGCUCCCGGGUGUUCUUGCCCUUGACGACGCCUAGGCUACUGGUGCUAAUUCAGCUAGUCCGGCAAUGUCAUUUUGUUUCGGACCAUGGUGUAACGUUGCCAAGUUAUUGCUCUAUGGACUUGAGAUAGGCUUGUCAUCAAGUUUUGCUAGAUGAGUCAUGAAUAAGUUUUGACUUCCUCGCUGCGAGUGAAGUGAUCGGAAUUUGGAACUAACGAACUCCCAUGUAUGUGUAUGAUAUUCUGUUUCAGUUUGCAUCCCUGUGAUUGUCA